AUGGAGUACUGCGCCGAGCAGAAGAUGUGCAGGCUGAGGCAGCACGUUGCCGCGUCCUCGUCGUCUGCGGCGGCGGCGGCCGGGGCUCUUAAGGGCGUGGCGUGCGUGUACGAGCGAGUGGAGUCGCUCGCGCGGUCCGCGCGCGCCGAGCAGGUGGAGGACGAGCUGGAAGCGUCCGUGGCGCUUCUCGACGCGUGCGCGGCGGCACGGGACGCGCUCCGCGCGAUGCGCGCUUGCGCGCUGGACAUCGAGGUCGCCGUGCGGCGCGGGGACGGCGCGGGAGUCGACGGCGCCGCGCGCGCGUACGCGCGCCUGGCAAGGAACGCGUGCGCGGACGUCAGGAGGCAGCGGCGUCGCGGCGACCCCAGGCACGAAGAGCAGGCGGACGGCGGGCACUCGCUGCAGGUGGCGCGGCGGCUCACCGUGGCCGUGCUGGAGAGCGUGGUGGUGGCGCUGUCCAAGAGGGUGGCCCCGGCCCCAGGGGCCCGGCCGGCCAGCGGGUGGUCCACGUGCAUAGCGAGGGCGUUCCGGAAGAGGGCCCGGGUGGCGUGCGAGGACGCCGACGAGGCCACCACCUCCUUGUCAUUGCUGUCGUCCAAAGACUCGCACGACGGCGAGGCGACGUUGCGGGCGCAGCGAGAGCUGAGAGCAUUGGGCGACACGAUCCAGCUUCUGGAGGACGGACUGGAGCUGCUGUUCAGGCGUCUGGUGCAAUGCAGGGUGUUCUUGCUCAACAUGGGCAGCUUGUAG